GCAAGAGCGGUUUUCACUGUAAAGUAUAUACAGUAUAACGCUUAGUGGAUAUAAUAAAACGCACUUUAUUCCUAACAUAACUAAUAACCUUUGCCGUUGAUCUCCACACAGUCAAAGAUCAGUUUGCCUUGAUGGUGGCGCCACGUCAGCGUGCAGUUUCCGUCUUUCAGGUUCCCCAUCAGGCGCCUGCACACCUCCAUGAGCUCUUUCUCUUCCUCCUUCUGAAACAGGUGAGAUAAUAGAAGCAACGGCAUUCUCUCACCAUCUUGCUGGAGCACGUAGUGUGUAGAUGGCAUGUACUCUCCAGCGAUGCCCAGCUGGGAGGCGUCGGUAGUGGGACCGUCUCCGUCCAUCUGGGAAACAAAUAAUCAUCGUCACACAUCUUAAAUUAAAGAGCGUGACAAAGAAGAGGCCAUUCACCGCCUGUUACCUCCGGGAGACGUCCUCAACAAGCUUUGUGCAGCAUGUACUUCUUGAGGCCCGUGAGCAAGGACUGUUUUUGUUUUGACACUCUUGGAUGCCUUUUCUUGGCAAAAAGUCAAGUCAUGCGCAGGAACCCCUUUGUGGUGGAAGGCUGCUGUAGGAAAGGGUCCCGCAACGCCCUUCAGGAGCUCUACAACCCCUCACAGCCCGAGCUGUCCGGCGCAGCCAUCCUUCACCAGACCAGAAGGGAUCAAGUAGCGGACGCGUGCCGGGUCUACAGCGCAUCUAGCCGUAAGCGGAGGGUCCUCACGCCAGGAGACCUCAAACAUCUGGUGGUGGACGAGGACCAUGAGCUCAUCUACUGCUACGUCCCCAAAGUGGCCUGUACCAACUGGAAACGUGUCAUGAUGGUGCUUACGGGCCGCGGCAAAUACAGCGACCCGAUGGAAAUCCCCUCCAACGAAGCCCACAUCCCGUCCAACCUUAAGACGCUGAACCAGUACAGCAUCGCUGAGAUCAACCACCGCCUCAAGAGCUACCUGAAGUUCCUCUUCGUCCGGGAGCCCUUCGAGAGGCUGGUGUCGGCGUACCGCAACAAGUUCACCCUCAAGUACAACUCCUCCUUCCACAAGCGCUUCGGCACCCGCAUCGUGCGCCGCUACCGCAAGAACGCCACGCAGGACGCCUUGCUCAACGGCGCCGACGUCAAGUUCAAGGAGUUCGCCGAAUACCUCGUCGACCCGGCCACUCAGCGCGACGGCCCUCUCAACGAGCACUGGCAGACCGUCUACCAGCUCUGCCACCCGUGUCACAUCCACUACGACCUGGUGGGCAAGUACGAAACGCUGGAGGAGGACGCCAACUACAUCCUGCGGCUGGCGGGCGUCGGCGACUCCGUGCGCUUCCCCAGCUACGCCAAGUCCACCCGCACCACCGACGCCAUGACGGCGCAGUUUUUCAGCAACAUCAGCACUCAGCAGCAGAUCCAACUCUACCACCUUUACAAGCUGGACUUCCUCAUGUUCAACUACUCCACUCCUAGCUACCUCCGGCUGGACUCUUUCUAAGCCAGGACUCUUACGGGGGUCCAAGGUCGAAACCGUGGUCAUGGGGUCUGACUUUGACAUCCAAACAGAUGCUGGAAGAAUGUGCACUUAUUAGCGCAGUAGAAUGUCAAAUCAGCUCAUUUGUAGUAAACGCAAAGAGGAAUGUUGAAGCAGGUCUUCAAGGUGUCUUCUCCCUAAUCCCGACACGUUUCAAACAAAUUACCAUUCUUCACGUUUGGGACUCUAGAAACACGCUAGAAGUCACACCACAUGCCCACGCCUCGUCCUGCUGCCUCUGAGGAUGUGAUGUCAUCGCUGGCAACGCUUCCAUCGUGUAGGGAAUUCUGUCAGUGGCCUGCUGCCUCAACAAAGUAUGGAAGUGCUAAGGGACACUUUAAGGGAUGCCCGUGAACGCAUCACGCCAUCCAGCGGCUUGCAGGCUGCGCGGGUGUGCAGGUUUUCAAGACACUGGAUCUCAUGAACCCCGCCCACACGGACAAGAACCUUCAUGCUUUUUUUUUCUAUUUUAUUGUCUUCUGAAGCCUUGCUGCAAGACAGCGAGAAUUAUUUAAACUGCUUUGUCGACUAAAGUAUUUAAUUUAGUUUUCCUGGGUGGAAAUAUUGUAAAGUUCGUCCAAUUUGUCCUAAUCCAUCGGGGUCAACACCUGCCGAACAUGCUGUGCUCAUGUCAUUUUCAUCUGAAUGCCGUGUCUCAAAUGCAACACUGCCGUCAGUACACUUCAGUAAGUAUACUCUGUACGCUGUGCACUUCAUUCCUGAGUGCGCAAAUGUUGCCAGUGUAGUGCUGUUCCGAAUCCAUUGCUGUCGUUGUGCACUCACCAGCCGUGAUUUAUCUUCCUACUUCUCCUUCUGAUGCUUCUUAUUCGCCUUCCUCUCUUUCUCCUUCUCUCCUUUUUAAUGGUGAAUUGCAACCACUGCACGGAACAUUACCACCAACAUUUGGAUUGUCUCCUCAUUUUUUUAAUUUUUUUUUAAAGAUGUCAAACUUUUUUCAAGAAAUAUAUAAUAUAUGAAGUUAUAAUUUUAUUUUGAAAAAGUAAUUAAAAAUACAUGUAUGACGUUUUCAUUUACAUUUUUUUUUUUUUUUUUAUAAAACGGGAAGAACUUACAUUGUUGUUCACUACAGCCGCCAUUAUUUCAAGUUAGUCCCUCCCCGUCUGCUACGUCGCAAAAAUGGCGACUACUGAGGUUGGUAAGUGUCCAGCACUGCGCACUCACCAUUUCGAACGUUUUGAGUGCAACAUUAGUGUAGCACUACGCUGUCAAAAUUAGCGCACUCAGGUAGUAAGUACACAGCCUGGGUCUCGAAUGGAAUCCUUCUGCCAGUACACUUCAGUAAGUGUACUUAGGUCUUGAGGAUGGUAAGCGUCCAUCCCCUCCACACUCACCCUUUUGAGCAAGUGCAACGUCCGGGGACUUCCCUUGUCAACGCACUUAUGCACUAAGUGUACUAAGUGUACUAAGUGUGGAAGCGUGCCGGCUGAGAGGCAGUGCAGUGCAGUGUAUCAUGCUUGGAAAAGUGACGAACAUGAGCGAUGCUGAGCAAUGUCAACGUUAAUAAGAACUCUCCAUCACACUGUGAAGCGCAUUAGAGGCUCUUACCUAAGCAAUACACGACAGGGCAAGACAAGGGGUCCUUUCAAAAAAACAUCUUUGGAAAUUCAAAACCACUCCAGCUUCAGAUAUUUUGAGGGGGCAAGUUGUUUGUUUGUUUUUUUUUGCACUUGACUACAGCAGACAUUGAUUGUUUUCAACAUGCAAUCGUCUCUUGGGGUUUAAUGAAUGUUAUUCCAAUUGACUUACCAGACCACCACAGUGCUAAGUAGCAAGGGUUUUACACGUUUGACUCAUACUGCACGCUCCAUUGUCUUUUAUUGUCUGUAUCAUAAUACUACAAGACGCUGUCUUUCUCUUGCACCAGGGAGAAAUAGGGCCACACUAAUAGAAAAAAAAAGGUCAUGGAUUUUUUUUUGUUUUUGUUUGUUUUUUUGUACAGUUUGGCCCAAAGGCGUUUUUCCAAAAGUAAAUAAAUACAUUAAAAACACAGACUGUCUUCAUACGCGUAAUAUUGCUCCAUUUCCCUGGACUUUGUACAUGUACAGCGUUCCCUCGGUCAUCGCGGGGGAUAGGUUCCCAAAAUAACUCGGCAAAAAGUGAAAUCCGCGAAGUAGCCAACUUUAUUUGUUUACAAUUAUUAGAUAUGUUUUAAGGCUGUAAAACCCCUCACAAUACGCUUUUCUCAGACAGGCAUUAGCAUUUUGUCACAUUUUAAACACUCUCAAAGUUCAAAUUUCGUUUUACUACGUUGAACACAAGAAAUGAUUAAGUGACUCACGCGUAUUCACUCCUCUGACUGUGCCUCGUCCUGGCGCCGUUCGGCUGUAGCGUUUGUUAAGACAUGUUGCUCCUGCCGUCAUCCUCCUCCUUGAACCGAAGAUUCAGUUAGCCGGUUAGCUUCUUCUUCUUCUUCUUCUUCUUCUUCUUCUUCUUCUAUUACAGUAUUGGCGGUUAGCAAGCAGCCCACAGCUAGCUAGUUUGCUAGUGACUAUCACAGACAUAGAUAGACGCCUCAUCGAGUGGGUUUGUCUACUGCUGCGGUAUGUCAACGUCAACGUCGCCGCCAUAUUGGAUGUGUCAAGGCUGUGCUGUAAAUGAAUACAAGUCAAUGCACUUACUUUCAUAAAGUGUCUUUCUACAAAGAAAUUAAAGUUAAUUCCAGUUAGACGCCUAACUGUUUCCCAAGUAUAUUAGUGCGUGUGUGAAUGUAUAAACGAGAGGCAUUAAUUUAAAUUUCUUUGUAGAAAGGCGCUUUAUGAAAGUAAGUACAUUUGCUUACUUGACACAUCCAAUAUGGCGGCGAUGUUGAAGUAAGGCUCAGCUGUGGCGUUUAUCUAAGUUUAUGGUGUUUAUAUUGACCACAAUAGGAAACGGCAGGAAGGAGAUUGAUUGACAAUGGUCUACAGCCAAUCAGGAUGCUGAGCACAAUGGGCGGGUUCUCCCAUAGCCAAUAAGGACUGGUGUGGCUCUAUAUUUAGCCUGCUGUUGUCUACUGUGUGUUCCUAAUAUGCUGGUACAGGCACGUAAACAUGAGGGGGGGGAAUGCAAAAUUGCACUUUAAAAAAAUCCGCAAAGGAACACUGUACUUGUGUCGCAGUUUUCUCAAACUAUUGAGACUUUACGCAUAUAUUAUUAGGACUUUAUUCCUGAAAUUUUAACUUUUUUUCCUCAUAAAUGGACUUUUUUUUCCCAGUGUGGUCCAACCAAAAACAAUAUACAUUUAUAUUCACCUAACUUUGCGACUGUGAGGACUUUUUUCUUUUCACUUUGACUUCUUUCACUAAAAAAAUUAAAUUCACCCACAUUAUAUUUAAAGAUCUUUAUGACUUGAUACUCAAAAUGAUAAAUACUGUAUAUAGAGAGAGAGAGACGCUGAGUGUUUACAACCGUGUCGAAUCUGACAUUCACUUAAAUCAUUUGUUUUAUGUAAUAUCACAACUUUAUUCUUGGAAUUCUGUUGCUUGGUUUUUCUUUUCAGUGUGGCCCUAAUGCUUUCUCACACUACAGAGCUACGUAUGAAACAAAAAUCCUUCCAUGCGACAGUGUCAUUGGGGGAGGAAGCAUCUAAUGAAUGCAGAUUCAGCAUCGCAAUGACUUAAAAAUAUCAUCAAACUUAUUGAAGAAAGUGUAAAUGUCAGCAUUGCUCAGUGAAUGCUGUCUACUUCUGAUGUUUUUCAUGAAUAAAUGAAAGGGAUGCCCACUGUGGCGGUGCAGAUGGAGCACAGGCUAAAUGUAUCCACAUUUGAUUUGUAAAUAACAAGACUGUAGCACCCCCUGCGGAAAAAUUGACCGGAUUCCCAGCAUGGCUUUCCACAACAACAACAAAAUCAAACCAAAUCCCAAUUCUUGAAUAGAAAUAAUCAACUUUGUCCCUUAUUUAAGUUUUUUUCUCUCUCUCUCCAACGAUGUCUAUUGUUAGACUGAAUGACAUAUUUGCUCAAGUCUUCAAAACACAUCAGAAGGGUUUUUUUGUUUGUUUGUUGUAAAAUGGGAUUUUAUACAGUAUUUAUGCCUUCAUUUUGCUAUUGAUGCACAGAUUUUGUGUUGUAGUGGAACAAAGCAAAAAUGCAAGUCGACUUCAUUGUCUUGUUUGGGCAAAAGGUACUGUAGAUGUGGAAAAAAGGAACGGCAGGGACCAGUAGCGGUCUAAACCAAAUUGAUACGUCCGAGUCCACUUGUGCUGGCAGGAUGGUUCAAUAAUGAAAUAAGCAGACCAUCGGGUUCUGCUUCGAGACGGGACAGAACAAAUGGGUUGUGGUUGGAUUGUUGUGAAACAUAUUGUUUCGAUAUUGUGGUUUGUAGUGCUGUUUGGAAUAAAAAUGACAACGAAGUCAGCCUCUUUUAUUUGAUUGCUUUACUGGAAUAUCUCUACACAUGUGAGUCUGUAAAAUAACAGCAGCAAGACAACAAAGAGCACAUACACACAGUUUCAAGGGGGGGAGGUGAUCCAAACCCUCAUGGCCGUGGGUGAAAAAGUGAUUGCCCCCUAAACCUAAAAACUGCCUGGGCCACCCAUAGCGGCGGUUCUUUUGGAUGUUGUUGUGGGGUCUUUUGUGACCUCUUGGAUGAGUCGUCGCUGCGCUCUUGGGGUCAUUUUGGUUGGCCGGCCACUCCCGGGAAGGUUCACCACUGUUUCAUGUUUUCGCCAUUUGUGGACAAUGUCUCUCACUGUGGUUCGCUGGAGUCCCAAAGCUUUAGAAAUGGCUUUAUAACCUUUUCCAGACUGAUAGAUCUCAUACUAAUCUCAGUUAUGUUUUAACCUGGGCGGGGGAAAUCACUUUAAAAAGUUUCAUUUAAAAACUGCAUUUCGUGUUCAAGGGGACAAACACUUUUUCACACCACUGUAUGUACAAAAAACCUAAUUAUCAAAGAUACUCGAAAACAUAAGGACAAAAAGUCACCAUUAAACAUUCAUGGAUGUCUCAGUUGUCUUUUUUCUUUUUUUUUUUUGUAAGUUUGUUCAACUUUAUUGCUUUCCGAGAGUGGAUGUCCUUAAAAUAAUAUAAAGACCAAUAUUGAAUUAAAUAAUACACAUUGAUGUUGGCAAUAAGGAUUAGCACACCCAAAGAAAUGAAAAAAAAGGCGGUGACUUUUUCUCCAUUUGUUUUCUUAGCCAAUAUUUUUUUUUAAUGUAUUUAUUUAUUUUUGCUCAUGUUCCUCUGAGGUCCUUCUGACUUCACGACUGACUCCUGCUGUCUCCGUGGACAGGUGGUGGACAAUGGAUGUCCAUAAAAUAACAGUAACAGAGGCAAAAAAAGCAGUGUCUCUUUUUUUUCUGUUUUUGAUUUGCGGCCAUCAUAAAGUGAACGGCCUUAAAAUAAUAUUGAAGUAAAGAUGAAUAUAGAAUGAAAUAAUACACAUUGAUGUUGGCAAUAAAGUAAAACACACCCAAA